AUGCAGCAAGCAAUCCCCGCUGGUUCACGUGCCGGCUUACGUGACAUAUCAUUGCCGUCAAACGACGUCGCCGUGGAUCCCGCGAACAAGGUGGCGAGAAUGGUUUCAGAGAACGCAGUGAUCAUAAUAGCAAGACGUGGCUGCUGCAUGUGCCACGUCAUCAAACGCUUGCUUCAAUCUCUUGGCGUCAAUCCUACGGUUUAUGACCUUCACGACGAUCACGAAGCCGCCGCAGUGGCCGGCGAGCUCUCAAUGAAGGAUGCUGCCUGUAGCAGCAAUGGCGGCACGGUGCAGUUUCCGGCGAUGUUUGUGGGCGGCAAGUUGCUCGGAGGAUUGGAGAGAGUGAUGGCCACUCAUAUCUCGGGUGAAUUGGCUCCUAUGUUGAAAGAUGCUGGUGCGCUUUGGCUCUAA